CUUCCUCCUCCCCUUCUCCCCCUCCUCCCCCGGCAGGGAUGGAGGCCAUCGAGGAGCUGGCGCUCCAGCCCUGCACCUCCUCUCUGUACCUGCGGCCUUUCCGCCUCUCUUACCGGCAGAAUGGUACGAAGAAGUUCUGGGAUUUCAUGAGAACACAUGACAGUGUGUCAAUCCUGAUCUUUAAUACUUCCCGGCAGUGCUUUGUUUUGGUGAAGCAGUUCCGCCCAGCUGUUUAUAUGUGUGAAGUAGAAAGGCAUCAUCCUCAAGUCUUUCAGAAUCAGGACAAGGAGAAGUUCUCUUGCCUGGAGGAUCCUUUACCUGCUGCGGUUGGAGUGACCUAUGAACUCUGUGCUGGCAUUGUGGACAAACCAGACCUUUCUUUAGAAGAAAUUGCAUGUGAGGAAGUCCUGGAAGAGUGUGGCUAUCACGUUUCUGCUGCAGACCUGAGGAGGAUCACUUCUUACAGGUCUGGUGUUGGUCUGACGGGUUCUAGGCAGACACUGUUUUAUGUAGAAGUAACAGACCAGAUGAGAACCAGUGGAGGAGGUGGCCAGCCCGAGGAAGGAGAGCUGAUUGAAGUUGUGGAAAUACCUUUGGAAGAAUCCAUGAAGUUUGCUUAUGAUGAGACUUUCCCGAAGACAAUGGGUGUCAUCUUCAGCUUCACGUGGUUCCAAAACAACAUAGCACCCAAACUACCAAAAAAGUAAAGCACUGUGAUCUUGAGAAAAGCUUUCCUGCUGGUUCUGUGGAUACAGAAAGCUGCAAAUCUUCCUGCCUCCAUCAGCUCAACUUCUCACAGAGCAAAUAUUUCUUGAAAUAAAUUUGGAAGUAAAAUCUGAAUUAAAAUCCUGACCCAAUCUCCAUUAUUAGCAAAACACUUACUGGCAUCGGUGGGGCCACGAUUUGCCUUUGAGAGGCAAAUGCUGAUUCUUGUGCAAAGGUUAAGUAAAUGUGUCCAGUUCUCCUUUUUCACAGCACUGUUCUGAAGAGCUGCUCAGGCCCUCGCUGUGGCUGCCACACAAGCCUGUCACCGUGGUCUGUACAUACUGGCAGCUGUGUAUUCACUGCAGUUUUUGAUAUUUUUUGGAGGGAAGCAGCAAACCUGAAUAGUGACAGAUACCCUAACUGCGUUCCUGAGUUCUGCACAGCUUUCAGGGAGCAGCUUUCUCUGCGGAGUGUAGCUGCUGUGCAGAAGAGGCGUUUGCAUUUCUGAACAUGCAAACCUUUAUCAUAAGCAAACACGUCUGUAAAUCCUUCUGCUAUCGUGUCAUUUUGACAAUAGAGCAGCUGUAAGAUUAUGUGCUUCUGUUUGUUCCCACUACAAUGCUGAUCAGCAGUGAUGGUGAUAGAGGGGUGAAGGAUGGGGGCUUCUGCUGGAACACAUGCUCCUUUGUUUGCUUUAUGGGUAAUACUUGAUUAAUUAGAUCAAACUUUGUCCUCUAGACCAGGACUAGAGAGGCCAAAUUCUUUUAAUUUGACUCAGAGGUGAGUACUACAAGUGAUUUCUCUGAGGUCUCAGUUUCCUUAUCACCCAAAUUGGAAGAAUGGAACUUACCCCUCAGAUAACACUUCUUGGAAUCUAAUGAUUGGAAGUGCUUUAUUGUGAUUUUAUCAUGAUUUGUGCAGUUUACAUGGAAGCCUGUGCAACCUGCACAGACGUACUGAGCAACACAAUUUGAUUUAAUGAAGUGGCCUAAUUAGAAUGUAUAUUAGGUCUUCUAUCAGCAUAGUUUAGAUGUGAACUAUUUGUCAUGUGAAACUGUUAUGAGCAUGAAUGAAAGAGAAUUGAGUCUGUCAAUUUAAUUAUGCACUGGUUUAUGUUAUUCACUGAUUUAAUCAACAUGCCUACAUUGUAUGUGCCUCCAGGAGUACUGAGGUGCUAAGUGUGUUUAGAAGAUGAGGACUGCAAAUGUGCAAACUUGAAUUUAGCACCUGGAAUAAAUGCAGCACAUCAGGUGCCUGAUGGUGUCCAGUGGCUGAUUUUAAAUCACUGCAUGUCUAAAUAGGUGUAUAAAUAAAUAAUGUGGGUUUUUUAGAAAACGCUUUUAGAACUGCUACUUGCUGGUUCUUCUGCUGACUGGGAGGAAAGGUCCUUGGAAAGCCACUGAAGAAGGAGCAGCCUUUGUCUGUGAAGUCAGACACUUCUUGUGGAAGUUCAGGCACAGCUGUGUUGAGCUGGACUGGGUCUGUGGUGAGUCAAGGGCUGAGUUAUUGUGAGAGGCAAAUAAAUUCUGUCUGUCUGAUGUAUUUACAUUGGAAGGUGUUUUAAGGUGGGGUCUCCACUGCUCUGUCUAGUACAGUAUGUCCUGAUUGCUGCUGAGCCCUUUAUGAACUACUACAGUCUAUAGAAUAAAUAAUGCCCGUGUCUGUGAUGGGCAUUCAGAGUGUGACUCAUCAGACUAAAUACACAGUUCAUGGAUUACCCUCUCUGGAAGUGCCUUCAAAUCCCAACACCUGCAUUUGUUUUGGGCUUGUCAGAGCACCCUGGGGAGGCAGGUCAGCCACUGCUGGGUCUCUUGUGCCACCACACAACGUGCACAUCCUGGGCUGCCAGGGACAGCACAUGGACAAACCCAGCGAGGAGAGCGGGCAAAGGUCCUAAAAUCUCUGUGAGCAUCACACAGUUGGUGCCAGCCAGUCAUGCCGUGGCUGCACAUCUUUGAGCUGGGCCGUUUGAAACACACAUAUUUUGCCCCCUCCAAGGCACUGUGGCUGUCCCUGUUAUGUACCGAACUUCCCCAAGGGCAGUUCCAGGCUUGCCAAAAUCUGUCCCAGACUCCUGUUGCUGGUCAGCAGAAGGUUGUCCCCCAUCACUCGGCUGGGUGGAGGGCUUGCAAGCUGUGCAUGCCCAAGAGGUGUUGCUUUACAGCCCGGAACUGGGGCCGUGCAGGAUGACAGAGAGGAGCCACCACCUCCAGAGCAGCAGCAGAGGCUUCCCAGGUAGGAGAGUGGGAGGUCACAGUGUGGGAAGAGAGGGGCACGUGAUGCAGCAGCCUGGAGGGGUGUGUGGGCAGGGAAUCCACAGCCCUUGUGAGGACACAGGGAUGACACUCCGCUUGCUCUGGGGUGACCUCACCCAUACAAGCUACAGCCUUGGGACUGCCUUUAUGCAAUGGAUACUUGUGGAUAAUGGUGAUGGAGGGCAGUUGCAUGAGCUGAGUAGUCCCUCAGCACUUCUCCAAAAGACCAGACAAAAAGUAUUGGCCCCACCUCCCAGUCCACUCCUCCCCAGGGGUCUGCUGGGCACACACCUAUAAAACCUGGAGGACUGCAGUGUCUCUGAAGCCUUUACACCCCAAGGGAUGCUACACCCCAUCCCUGUGCUCUGCCUGGCUGUCCACACAAUAUGCAAUUCUCAAAUAGAAACGAAAGUCACAUGACUACUUUCAUUUUCUUCCCCAAUUUGGGAAUUUUCCACAGAAACAGCAGUGAUGCAAUAUAGUGAAAAUUGUACACAAAGCAAUGGAGUAUCUGGUGUUUGGAUUUGCAAUAUUAAAUAUAAACGUAUCUUCAA